AUGGCGCAGACUCUGACAACCACUGACGUUCAAGGUGCAUUGCCCCUCGUUGCUCGGGGCAAGGUGCGCGACCUGUACGAGGUCGACGAGAAGACCCUGCUCUUCGUGGCUACGGAUCGUAUCUCGGCCUACGAUGUGAUUAUGGAAAAUGGCAUUCCGAACAAGGGCGUCCUGCUCACCCUCUGCACACGGACAUGGUUCAAGGUGUUGACAGAGGCGAUUCCUUCGCUGCGCACGCAUUUCCUUACCCUCGACCUUCCUGCCCAGAUCCCUGAAUCGCUGCGUCCGGUGCUGCAGAACCGCAGUAUGCAAGUGCGCAAGCUGAAGAUUCUCCCAAUCGAAGCUAUUGUGCGUGGAUACAUCACCGGGUCCGCCUGGAAGGAGUACCAGAAAUCCGAGACGGUGCAUGGAAUAAAGAUCCCCGCCGGGUUGCAGGAGAGCGAGGCAUUCCCGGAUGGACCGAUCUACACGCCCAGCACCAAGGCCGAGCAGGGCGAGCACGACGAGAACAUCCAUCCCGACCAGGCUGCUUCUAUUGUCGGCGAACCUUAUGCGUCUACAAUUGCCUCGCUUGCAGUAAAACUCUACAAGACGGCGCACGAGUAUGCACUUAAGCGGGGUGUCAUCAUCGCCGACACCAAGUUUGAAUUCGGCCUCGACGAGGAAACCAACGAAGUCGUCCUGGCCGAUGAAGUCCUGACCCCCGACUCGUCUCGAUUCUGGCCUAGGGACUCGUAUGCAGUGGGUCGCGGCCAGCAGAGCUUCGACAAGCAGUUCCUGCGUGAUUGGCUUGUCCAAGAAGGACUGAAGGGCAAGGAAGGCGUUCGUAUGAGCGAGGAGAUUAAGCAGAAGACCGCCGAGAAGUAUCAAGAAGCGUGGCAGAAGAUCACGGGCGGCCAGUAG